CAUCAACCCACACACACACCUCAGAAAGCGCAUAGCAGAUCCCGCACAGUCACACACAGACACGCACAUAGAUCGCGCGGGAUGAGUGCGAUCUGACGACAGCGACUUGUUACAACAGAGAACCAGCAUCAUGACCAGGUCUGUGCGGGAGGAGCAGGCGUCGGUGGAGUCGGACGAGCAGCAGGAGCUUCACAGCCCCGCAGGAGGAGAAACAGAGAGGGGAGGAGGAGGAGGAGGAGGAGGAGGAGGAGAGGAGCAGGAGGAGGACAGCCUCCACCGUCUGGAGGAGGAUGAGGAGGACGACGACGACGAGGAAGAGGAGGAGGAGGACGACGACGACGGCGAGAGCAAACCCAAGAGGCGAGGGCCGAAGAAGAAGAAGAUGACGAAGGCUCGUAUACAGAGGUUUAAAGUCCGUCGGAUGAAAGCUAACGCCCGGGAGAGGAACCGUAUGCACGGGCUGAACGACGCUCUGGAGAGUCUGCGGAAAGUCGUCCCUUGUUACUCCAAAACCCAGAAACUGUCCAAGAUCGAGACGCUCCGCCUCGCCAAGAACUACAUAUGGGCCUUGAGCGAGGUCCUGCGGUCCGGGAAGGCACCCGACCUCAUGAGCUUCGUCCAGGCGCUCUGCAAAGGUCUGUCUCAGCCAACCACCAACCUGGUGGCAGGCUGCCUGCAGCUGAACCCUCGGACUUUCCUGCCGGAGCAGACACCCGACCUGCCGGCUCACCUUCCCCCUGCCGGCGCUGUCGCCUAUCCUGGACACUUCUCCUACCAGAGCCCCGGGCUGACGGCCGGCCUGCCCAGCCCGCCCUACGGCACCAUGGAGCCCUCCCACAUCUUCCACCAGGUCAAAGGUCAGCCCUACGGCCCGCUGGAGCCCUUCUUUGAUGGCGUCCUGGUGUCAGACGGCCCAGCGUUUGACCCGCCCCUCAGCCCACCACUCAGCAUCAACGGGAACUUCUCGUCCUUCAAGCAUGAGGCCGUCGCAGCCACCGACUACGACAAGAGUUUCUCCUUCAGCGUGCACUACGGGGGAGGAGGAGGAGCUGGGGGCCACACUGCCAUGUAUGGCGGCGGGGGGUCCAACCCUCGGUGUGGUGAGCUGCAGGUGGACGGGCUGAUGGGCUUUGAUGGACACUCGCACCACGAACGGCUGAUGAAUGCCCAGCUGAACGCCAUCUUCCACGACUCCUGAGGAAGAGGAGGACGAAGGACUGUGAGACUGAUGAAGACAGAGAGACCGUUAUAUGGAGAGACAGACAGUUCUGUGUAUUUCUAUCAUUUCAUAGCUGUCUUUCUUUCUUUUCUUCUUUCUGUCUGCGUCAAGCUCUACGACUCAUGAGGACGGUGAUGUCCAUGACGAUGUCACGUUGAUGAUGUAACCUUCUUUGUAGCACUUCAUCCUGCAGGAGAUGCUCUCUGAAUGUGUCGUUAUUAUCCAUCUUAUCACUUAAAAAAUAAUCAAUAAGCAAUAAUCUGGAGGAAACUAUGCAAUUUUGUUAAAACCUGAGCGAAGCUCAUCUGAUAAUUCCAAAUGUUGAAAAAAAUAAAGAUUUCUCUAUUUUUGGGUCAGUGUGUAAGGAGGUGUUGAGCCGGCGUUGGGCCGUUCAUGUUGUUCAUGUGGUUUUUACUUUUUAUAACGUUCCUGUAGCGUUCUGUUAACAUUUCAUGUGACUCUUGUUCAUAUUUUAUAAGAUAGAUGUUUAUAAAGGCCUUUCAUUAAAAGGAAUUCAAUGUGA